AUGGGACUCUUCAAAUCUCUCAAGGGUAAGAUCGACGUCGGGACGGAGAGUCCUUCUGACAAUAACAACAACAACCUCCUAGGUCGCGAAGGACGAUGGAGCCGGACGCAAGGUCGGAAGGAAGAACAGUUCGCUCCUCCGUCGGGGCCACCUCCAUUGCAUCGCCAACAGGGCCAGGGGACGGAGGAAACCUUUGAGCCUCCUCCCGGCCCACCACCAUCACACCGCGGCGCCCCUUCAAGCUCACGGAAUGAAGAAUUCUCCGCUCCAGACGGCCCGCCUCCUUCACACUUCCCAGACUCGAAGCCUGACAAUCCGCCGCCCUAUCACGAUUGGACUGUGAUUCCCGACACAACACUCCUCCCGCCACCUCCGCCGCUACCGCAGGACUACUCUCCGGCCAACAAUGCGUCAUACGACUCCGCGGAGCGUGCCCAUGAGUGGUGUGCAAAACACCCCGUGUACACCCCCAGCACGCCGAGCCACGAGAUCCACCUCCUUGCCAUUGCAGGCCACAUUACCCUGGAACCUCCGCCCUUGCAGCUGCGGAAGCACAUGACGACGCUCCGGCAAACCAGCCCAACGACAUGGCGCGUGGAGACGAGCAAACACCAGCAAGACGCAAUCAUCUUGGCCUCGAUCCCUUUGUACUUCGCCAGUGUGGACAAUCCGCUUGCCACGUCGCAGCCGAAGACAAUUUACUAUGAAAUCACCAUCCGCCGCAUCCUCAACGCAAACUCGGGUAUCGCGAUCGGCUUCGCCGCGAAACCCUAUCCGCCGUGGCGCUUGCCCGGGUGGCACCGCGCGAGCAUCGGCGUGCACGGGGACGACGGGCGGAGAUUCGUGAACGACCCGUGGGGCGGGCGAGAUUUCAUCCAAGCGUUCAAAGAGGGCGAAGUGGUUGGUGUGGGCAUGAUAUUCUCCACGCAAGCUGUGACGGGUAACCAGGGAGGGGGAACCAGGAUAGGGAGGGUCAAGACGCGAGGCUUCGUCACGAGAGACGGCGAGGCAGACGAGCGAUGGGGCUGGGAGAUCGAUGAAGAACGCGACGUGCGGGAUGAAGGCGUCGACGGCCUGAUGGGUGAGAGCGACCUUUAUCCCGCCAUCGGCGUGUUUGGCGGCGUCGACUUCGAAGUGAGGUUUGGAGACAGCGUGAGGUGGAGGGGGCGGUAG